CUGCAAUGUUAAAUAAUAGACGGUGCUACAGCAGCAAAGUUGGAUCAGGAUCUGAAUAUUUGCAUAAGAGCAUUGUUCCAACCAUGCACUAUCAAAGAAGUUUACCACGACUGCCAGUUCCAAAGCUGGAAGACACAAUUAAGCGUUAUUUGGCUGCCCAGAGGCUCCUCUUAAAUGACGAACAGUACAGAAACACAGAGAAACUGGCUCACAACUUCCAAAGUGGGGUGGGGAAAGAGCUGCAUAACGACUUGGUGGCUCAGGACAUGAAGAACAAGCACACAAGCUACAUCUCUGCUCCAUGGUUCGACAUGUACCUUUCUGCAAGGGAUCCGGUGGUGUUGAACUUCAAUCCUUUCAUGUCUUUCAACGCUGACCCAAAGCCAGAAUAUAAUGACCAGCUACUGCGUGCCACCAACAUGGUGGCCUCAGCGGUGCGCUUCAUGAAAACACUUCGGGGGGGAUUCCUGGAGCCCGAGGUUUUCCACCUGAACCCUGCCAAAAGCGACACAGAGAGUUUCAAAAAGAUCAUACGCUGGGUGCCAGCAGCACUUUCUUGGUAUGGGGCUUAUGCACAUAAGGGCAUGCCUCUGCCUAGUUUCUAUCAGGACCCAGCUUAUGCAGCUAUCAACCACAACAUCCUCUCCACCAGCACUCUCACCAGCCCAGCUGUAAGCGUGGGGGGCUUUGCACCAGUCGUGCCUGAUGGAUUUGGAGUGGGUUAUGGGGUCCAUGAUGAAUGGAUUGGAUGCAAUGUCUCUAGCUACCCAGCUCGCAAUGUCCAUGAAUUCCUGCAGUGCGUUCACAAGUCCCUGGAAGACAUCUUCCACGUUUGUGAGGGCAAGCCCAUAAGCUAG